AUGGUCUAUCAAAAACGAUUGGUUUCUCCGAGAAUCGACACAAGGCCGCCGAUUCUUUUCGUAGACAAUGUUCUACGAUCGACCAAGCUGGUGCAUGACAUCCGACGGCAGCGAGAAGUUGCCAAGGCCAAUAAGGAACUAUUGAAGCGAAUAAAUCUAAUCAAUCGUACCCAGGGAUUUCUUGGUGUGAACUACGAUUACAAGGCGAAAAGGUUCCUGAACUGGGAGGCCCGAGCACGCGAAGCAAGAAGAAUCCAGCGGGCUAAUUUGGUUCUCCUGGAGCGGAUAAUCGAUGUCCAUCCGGCCUAUCCCACAUUGGACUUUGAGAAAUUCUACCGGCAAUUUUCUAAGUAUGGUAAAAUUGUUUCAAAACAAGCCGUGGCAAAACGAGAUGAACAGCGCCAGAAGGUCAAAGACUUACCAGAUUGCCACAGUGUCAGAAUUCAAUUUUGUGAACGAAACGAUCGUAAACUAGGUUCGUUGAAAAUCAACAUGUUCAAGACCGACGUUCUGAAGUAUCUACUCAAUGAGGGCAUCGUGGCCAUUCGUGGUCGAAUCUAUCGGAUUUACAGGGACCAGUAUGUUGUCAUUCGAGGACACGUAAGCAUUCCGGACGCAAGCGGUACACAGAAAAGGCAAUUGAUUGAGAACGUUGAACGGGGAUCGUUGCUUCGUGCGAUCAUAAACGAUCAACCGGCCUUGUUGCUGACUCUGGGUUCGUUCCAACGGUUAGCAAACUGUCAACUCUUAGGACUGGUAGAUGCGCCCAAUGAAGAAAUGUUGAAUUUGCUAAAUUAUUACGGUACAACUUGGGGGAGAAUGUUAGAGCCUCUCUGUUUUCGAAUUGAAAUAAAAUAA